AUGGCGGCGAAGGCCGCGGAGAGGAUGCCGAGGCUGGAGACCAUGGAGUUAUGGAACUGUUGGAGGAGCAGCGGCAUAGCGGGUAUCUUUCGCUUCCGGAGAGGGGAGACUGAAGCCAGCAUUGAACUCGUGAGCACAUGGUCUGCCCGUUUCACAGCGGAGGAGAAGGCCGCGUGGACCGGCGUCGCAACUGUGAAGAGACCAUUGCCACUGCGCGUGAAGGAGAGGUACUGGAAUUCCGGGUGGAUCGAUGGGGAUUAUUCUGUGCUACGGCAGUUGGAAUUGGUGGAACGCAUGCUCCACCCCGUCUCGCUGCGGCAGAUUGCCAGGGAGGACCAGAGGCGUCGCGGGGAAAGAAUGGCCUAA